AUGGCCCCGACCACUGGCAAGAAAAGUAAAACAGAUGAUUUAAAACAAGAGGAUGUCCUUCAAGCCUUAGUGUUGGCUGACAGUUUUAACACACGCUUUGCACCGAUAACACAACAAAGACCAAGGGCUCUACUCCCGCUGGUGAACGUCCCUCUCUUAGAUUAUACCCUGGAGUUUCUGACAGCUGCUGGCGUACAGGAGAUCAUCGUCUAUUGCUGUGCUCACUCGGACCAAAUCAAGAAACACAUUGCGAAAUCCAAAUGGGGAGACAACUCUGGAACGUGUUCAGUGAUGGUGAUUGUGUCAGAGGACAGUUUAUCAGUUGGGGAUGCUCUAAGGGAUGUGGAUGACAAGUCCUUGAUUCGCUCAGAUUUCGUUCUCGUCACUGGUGAUGUUGUGGCAAAUAUUAGGCUGAAGCAUAUUGUUGAAGUACACAGAAUACGGCGAGAGAAAGAAAAAUGUGCGGUGAUGACCUUAAUUUACAAGCAUGCAUCGCCUGGACACAAAACUCGGUGUCGUGAAGAGGAUUUUGUGAUGGCCAUGGAAUCCAGAACAAACAGAUUGCUGCAUUACCAGAAAACAAUGCACCAGAAAAUCUUUGAGAUACCAAGGGAAGUGUUUACAGAGCACAGUGACGUGGAGCUGAUGUAUGACUGUCUGGAUACCCACAUUGCCAUCUGCUCUCCGCUGGUACCACAACUAUACAAAGAUAACUUUGAUUACCAAACAAGGGAUGAUUUUGUACGAGGCAUUCUCAUUAAUGAAGAAAUUUUGGGUAACACUAUGCAUGUUCAUUUCCUCACAGACGAGUAUGCUGCCAGAGUCUCGAAUGUGCUCAUGUAUGAUGCUAUUAGUCAGGACAUCAUUAACAGAUGGAGUUUCCCUUUUGUCCCCGAUGUAAACAUUUCCAGUCACAACACAGAUGUGGUCUCUUACGGCCGACACAACAUUUACCGAAGUCAAGACGUAACUCUGGCUAGGGGCUGCGUACUGGAGAAGAACGUUGUUAUUGGAUCCGGGACCUCUGUGGGCAGUAACACGACCAUCUCUGGCUCUGUCAUCGGAAGGAAUUGUAAAAUAGGUGAAAAUGUGAUGAUUGAAGGUUCAUAUUUGUGGGAUGGAGUGACAGUUGAGGAUAACUGUACGGUAACCACGGCGAUAAUCUGUGAUCAUGUGACAUUGUAUCAAGGUGUGACCAUUCAGCCAGGAGCUAUUCUCUCAUGGAAGGUGAAGGUUGGUCCAAAUGUGACGGUCAAGCCAGGGUCGCUGUUGACCGCUGAGCUGGUCAAGGAGAUGGACGAGUGGGGAGAGUCUGGGGAAGAGGAUAUUCCAGAUGCUGGUAUUGAGAACCCUGAAUGUUUCGGGACUCAGGCAGAGGCGUUUGUAUACAAUCCGCGGGCGGACAUUGACGAUGAAGAUGGGGAUGCUCUGGGGGAUGUGUGGGGAAUGCCAUCCCUGUCUGAGGAUGAGGAUGAAGAGGAGGAAGUCAGCAGUGAGGAUAGUUUCAGUGAGGAAGGGAUGUCGCCAUCAGGGAGUCCUCCCCCAGAUGACAGUCGCUUGUUUUACACAGAAGUUUUGGACACCAUGGAACGUGCUAAGGAGGAAAAUAUCAGUACAGAAAACACAAUUUUGGAAAUCAAUUCGCUGAAGCAUGCCUACAAUAUCAAUAUCCAUGAUGUGAACAUCCUUGUUAUGAAGGCUGUAAUAGAGUUCCCUCAAGCUCACACCACCCUGGAACCUCCACAACUUCUGAUUGUACUUCAGAAGCAUUUGAUUAAACAUCUUCAGCUGAUUAAAAAUUACAUCAAGAGUGUUGAGUCACAGCGGGACUGUCUCACAGCAUUAGAGGAGCUGAGCUUGGGAAAUCCCUCCAUCAAAGCUAUUUUAGUGAAACUCAUUCACCUGUUGUAUGAGAAGGAUAUUCUCAUGGAGCAGGUCAUUAUCCAGUGGUACAAGGAUAUCCCCCAGUUCGAGGAGAAGGAUGCCAAGAUGGCUGUGCGACAGCAGGUGGCGCCACUAAUUCAAUGGUUACAAGAGGCCGAAGAGGAAUCAGACGAGGAAGAUGAUUAAUAGGGUUAAAAUUCGCUUUGUCAUCGAUAAAUUAUACUGUCACAAUCACAGAAAUAAAACCAUCCCAUUCUACCAUGAAAUCUGAGUGUGAUUAAAAAGUCUUCAUGUUUACUGAAGUAUGUACCAAUUAUCUGACACGCUACUGGCGUGAUUGGCAGCGCAGAUGCUGCCCUUUAAAAAUGGCCGACUUUUUGGAGAAUCUUUCUUCUUACUUCCAA